CAAAGGACUUCCUGGGAGGAAAGGAGGAGAAGAAGCGCACUGAGAGCAGGCAAACAACGGCGCAGAAAUAGGGCAGUAAAUAUCAAACUUGGCGAAAGUGGACGAGUGCAGCGGAAUUAUCGACGGCGUCUGGUCCAACUUUGGGGGAGUAAUUCACGCAGAGUCGGUGUGAGGCAGUGUUUUUGUUGUAAGUGGCAGCGAGCUUUGACUUUCAUUAUGUCCUACAAGGAACUUACGCUAGCUAGCUUCAUCCUGCUGCUUGCUGGCAUAAGAUGAAAAGCGCUAUUCCCUGCUGGCUUAAUCUCCCGCACGCUAAACGAUGCCUGCACUAUAGAUCAGACAAUCCACAGCUGUUACACCCUGUCAGAUUUCCCGACCUGUGAGACUGCUGAUGUCAAUUGAUGUCAAAAGCUAGGGGGUUUUUAAUCUCUCUCACACACACAGAUUCAGCUGACAAGUGUUAAACUUUAGAAUAUUAGCUGCCAUAAUUUGAGCGGUGUAACAAAAAAAAAAAAAGAAGAAAAGGUCACGGCUGUCAAACUUUAUGCCGUUUCAGUUGUCACCGCGCUCAGACGCUGCAAAUUAGCAGCGCAGUCACACAGUGGCUCUCCACAUUGCCACAGAAGCUGAAAUCAACUAGUUUAUGCUUCACAUUUCUGCGGUGGAUUUAGUGUCUUUGAGCCUGGGCUGAUAAUACAGUGUAAGAACUCAUUUGCACAGUCUGCCAACUCAUACAGUGCUCUAUAUCCUCUUUAUUUAUUCAUAAAUUCAGCAACAGGAUAUAGUAAGACGUCAGCUUUCCAUACUAAUAGAAACACCUGUUGCGUAUAGCCCAGGUGACUCCCUGGAUCCUUUAGACUCAGUGCAUCAAAUUCAGGCUUUUUUGUUUUGCAAUGCAAUAUUUAUAGGCCUAUGUUUAGCAGGCAGAGCACAAAUGCCUUCAGUUUGACUCGUAUCUACUAGAACAGCGUCUUAACCAACAAUGGAUCAUAACCUCCUGUAAGUCGUCACCUGUCUCAGGUAGGGUGAGGCCUCUGGGUGGGGUGGAGGAGGUGCAGCAGUGGCAGACAAUCUGAUCGGCCGGGCAGCCUGUCGGUCAUGCUGUCGGGGGUGCAGCCGUGCUUCCAGUUGCUCCGGAUCGGCUCGGCGGCGGGCGACUCGGCCCGGGACCUGUACACGUUCCGGCCGGCGCUGAGCCAGUCGGUGUUCCGCCUGGGCCGGGCGGCCGAGCUCUGCGACGUCACGCUGGACUCGGCCUCGGUGUCCAGGAUCCACGCCGAGCUGCACGCUGAGAGGGAGGGGGGCGCGGGGGGCGCCGCACCGCAGGAGGAGGGCUGGAGGGUCCACAUCAAAGACAGGAGCAGCCAUGGCACCUGGGUCAACGAGGUCCGCCUCCAGCCUGGUGUCCAAUGGGAGCUCUCCGAUGGCGACACGCUGAUCUUUGGCGGCCAGUCGGCGCCCGGGAGCCCGGAGUUCUACUUCCUGUUCCAGAAGGUCAAAGUUCGCCCGCUCGAAUUUGAUGCCAUCACAAUCCCAAAGGCGGGCACCUUCUCCUCUGACCUGCAGAAUCGGAUCAGGACCAGCCUGGACCGGAAAACGGCGCCCAACCUGGACCUGUCCAAGCUGUCAAUCAACCGGGCGACGGUCAUCCUCAACUCGAUCGGCAGCCUCAGCAAGAUGAGGGGCAGCGCCUGGACCUUCAAGAGGAGCGACAGCCACGGGGGCAACACCUCGGACCCCGGCUCGUCCUCCUCGCCUCCUCUGAUGGGCUUCUCCUCCCUGCUGCCUCCCUCCACGCCGCCGUCCUUCCCCUCUGCGGGUUCGAUGCCCUCGACCAAAUCUCUGCCGCAGUCGUCCCGGAGCAGGAGGAAGUCAGCUCACACCGUGCUGCUCGAGGACGACAGCUCCGAUGAGCCCCGGAGCCGAGCAGCCGUGGGAGUGGCGCUGGAGGACGGACAGAGAGCCAGGGCGAGGAAGAGGAGGCGGCUCUACAAGUCGGAAUCGGAGGGUUUCAGCUCACCUCCCGCUCUGCCGCUGCAGCUCAAGAGCCAGAGCGACGUCAGACGGCCGCUGGACGCCAAGCCCUUCCCCGUCGGCACCAGGACCAUCGGCAGCUUCCACGGAGCCAUGACCAACAGCAAACUGAACCAGCACCUCCACCAGGCGUCCUUCACCAGCCUCGCCGUUCACAAGCAGGAGCUGGAGACGCAGCACAUCCGGAUGACGACGCACGCCGGCAUCCCGGUGUUCCGCCAGCAGAAAACCGCCUUCUCUUCCUCUGCGCCGCGGGGGAGGCGGCGGGCUCACAGCUCGCCUGUGUACUCCCCUCUGGUGGUGGGAGGCGAGAGCUACAACCUAGCUUCGCCCUCGGUGAGAAUCUGUGCCGAAGAGAGAGGCCGGGCGCAGUUUAACAGAUUCCACCUUGCCACGAGCAAGCGGCGGGGGCGUCCCAGAAAGCACCCUCUGCCUCCCCGGCCCUCCCUGCCCUCUCCAUCCUCCUCAUCCUCCUCAUCUACCUCUUCAGCUUCCUCUUCCUCCAGCUCCUCCUCUUCCUCCUCCGAGGGCGAAGACGACGACGAUGAGGAGGAGGAGGAGGGCCUGUCGGGGGUGGUGGAGCCGUGUGCGGCCCCGCGGUGCCGCCUGCCCCAGCAGGACACGGUGCAGUGGAUCCAGUGCGACGUGUGUGACGCCUGGUACCACAUAGACUGCCUGCAUGUUGAUCGCAAGAAGCUCCUGAUGGACCCCAACGCCGACUUCCACUGCGGCUGCCGCUGACCGGGCAGGGCGAUGAAACUGAAUGAAAUGUUUCCGUUUAGUUACCACGUGUCUUAACCUCUCUGCAAGAUUUUAUUGCCAUACAUGGAAAUCACAGCGGCACGGACUCUCACUGUGGUGGCUUCUGAGAUGAUUUUUUUGUUGUCGUUGUUUCUUUGUUGUUCUUUUUAAAGCUUUACCUAGGGAAAGUUUCUUCUUCAGCCCUGCCCCUGCCUCAUGUUCACAGUUGCCCAGCACAACCAGUCUCGUCUUAAUGGUCACUGAGCAGCUUUGCCUGUGUGAAGUAGGAUUAAAUGCUUUGCUCCCUCCUCAACAAUCAUCAGUGAGGGAGGAGAAGAAAGAGUUUGAUCCACGUUCUACAUGCCGAUCUUCCCCAGCCACACUCAGGAUUCAUACCGGUAACUUCACAGUGAGGAAGCUCAACUGCGAUGAAAUGACUCAGGGCCGACUUCAUUAUGGCGACGGCCGGCUGCAGAAGUGUGUUUAGGACAGCAAAACCUGAUGAAAUGUUUCCGAGCAAACUCCCACUGCAGGUCCUGCUGACUAGGGGGUGAGCAGCGUUCAGGAAGAUUAAUGAAAUGUUUCGUGCUGGCUGGCCGUGGCCGGGAGUCUAUUCAGGCCGAUUAAACUUCCUGAAAGGUUUCAGUGCAGCCACCGUCACUAUUUCACCAGCCAACUUUACUUUCCAAGCAAAACAGGACCUCCUAAGAACAGCUGGUCAGCUGUCAGAAUGGUUAGAUGAGGAAAACCCGGCACAGACCUGGUGUGUUCCUGCCGCAGAGAUUGUAAAACUUGAUGAAGUAUUUCAGUGCAUCUCUCCUGCAUGGCUGUCGCUUGCUCCGGGUUGGCUGUGAUGUUCAAGACAAUUAAACACCAGGGAAAUGUGUCAGCAGACUUCCAUUGUUGCUGCUGAUGAGGGGUGCAUUCGGGACACUAAUCAAAUAUUUCAAGGCACCUCCACAGCAGCAGCUGCUGGCUUUUGUGUACAGUGGGACAGUGUUCGUUAUAAAAUCUUUCAGUGCUGGCUGGCACUGUGGCUGCUGCUGGCUUGGGGGAGCUCAUUACUUACCGAAUGUCAUGAAAUAUCAUCUGUUGAUAAAACUGCAUAAAGAGAUUCCUGUCUCUAAGAGCUAGUUGAGAAAAUUGCAUUACCCCCUCCGACUAGUGGGAUGAGUUAAUGUCAUUUUUCUCUGGAUAUCUGGAAUGAUUUUGAGGUUCAGGCCUUCCCUUCAGCUCCAUCUCCCCAUCAUACAUCUCUUCACACUACUGAGCAAUGCUCUUAAGAGUCAACAGGGGUGUUUCUGUCCUGGGCCAGUUUGGCAGUGAAGAACAACCCAGUGUGUUCCAGCCGCUCUUAAUACAAAGUAGGUAUACACACAUCCUCUUAGGUGCUGCCUGAAUGGAAUACAAUAGACAGUGUUGAGCCCGCAGUGCAACACCAAAGCACCUUUUAUUUAAUCUCAAACUUCAGCUCGGGCUGGCUCACCAGGACAAAAACACUGUCUUUUUGUCUUACUAAAAAGGUGUUUUUCAGUGUUGGCAGUUGAUGUGCUUUCUCUUGUUCUGAACUGCUCGUAUAAUUUCCAUAAUAGUUUUCAGAGCAGUUGUGAUAAACGGUCGUGUUAAAAUACAAUUUGCCUGGGCGGGUGUCGGCAGCAGUCAGGCCUGUUUGACCGUGUAGAAAGACAUCCUCCAAUUUCGCCUUGAUCAUAUCACUUUGACAGGCCUGCAAUUUUUGCCUAAAGUGAAAUGAGAGUGGAGAGAAAAAUGUAUGGAAACUUGAUUCUUGUACAGUGCGAUAAGGAAAAAAAUAUAUAAAAAUAUAUUUUUUUAACAUGCUUACAGAUGACAUUGUGGACUGUCUUCCUGCUGGAGGAACGCUCAAACUGCAGAUCGCCUUUCUGCACAGCCAAAUCUGAAUAUCUCGUUCUAAGGCGGCUUGGAGAAAAGAUUAGAAAUAAUGCAGCGACGCUGUGGCUGUGCUCACCAUGCAGAUCACUGGUUAGGCUACAACGAAACGCCUCAGCUGUCAGCACAGCUCACUAAUGUUGAUUCCAGAGUUGAAAAACAAAUAUGAAAUCCGUGACGACUGGGUUAGGAUCAAUCAUUUUCAGUUAAGUGAUUAAGUUCAUCCAUUUAAAACAAUGGUCAUUAAAGUUCAUACACCUUCUCUGUAUUCAGAUUAACCGAUGUUCUGUUACUAUCUAACCAAUACUAGUUUCACAACACUUUGAAAUAAUUGCAAUUGAAAUUGUAUUGACCUCUGCCCUGUUGGAUAAAGGUAACACACUGUUCUUCAUUAUGGGGUUGUGAUGAUAACUUUAUGCAUGUCACUAUAAACAGAUGAUCAGCAGAUGAGUUUUUUUUUUUUUUUUUUUUUUUAAAUGCAGUGAGGUUACAUCCCCUACGCUGCAGUAACAGAGUACCUCUGUAAUGCCGCUCUUCCACCGCAUGCUACCAGCUCAACUCUACUCAGUUCUGUUUGCUUUACUUUUCUAGAUUCGGUUUUCCACUGUUUUCCACUCAUGGUGAACAAGAGUGGUUUAUUAAAAAAACAAAAAAAACAAAAACAAAACAGCUCAAUAUGGCUGCUUCA